CGCAGACCGCCAGUUUGGUGCCCCGCGGGAGAGCCGAUAAGUGAACGAAUAAUUAGUUCACGAUUGCCCCUCCUUGAGAUCGCCGGCACGGAUCACCCGUUGGGUCGAGUCCGAGGGGUCAAAACGGUCAAAUUGUGAAUUGGUACGAUAGACUCAUACUGUAGUCUCCGAGAGUAAACGCCAUCCCCGAAUCAUGGCUUGAUCAAUGGCAUAGCAUGACCAUUCCCAGAUAAAAACACAGGAGGCAGAAAAGGGGGUACCCGGCCCAACACUGGAACCAUUACGCGAGUCCAGGUACCCGUCAAAUCCGAAAGCGGAGCGUACCAUGGCCGACGUGAAUGGCGUCGAUUGGCCCCAACCAUACGGAGACCACUCGAGCAGGAUUGCGACUCUUGGAAGCCGUCGACUGGCCCCGGCAGUCAUGGAUUCCCACUUUUUUUUUGAUUAUAUUCUUUGGAAUGCUCCAUAAUACAUCAGCUUUUAGGCGAGGUGAAGAGGCACGGCUGGUGUCAGUAGAGAAAUAGAAGGCACCGGAUGGCAGUCGCCCGGCUCACAGGAGCUAGUGCCCAACAACCAACAGGUCCGGAAAUCCAUCGAAGAUCUUUUGGGAAGUCGGGAUUGCCUAAUUGGUCCAGAUAGAUUGUGGACUGGGAAAAAACCAAGGCGACUCCGUAGUCGAGACCGCAAAAGGGGGAGGGGCACACCUGUUUAGCUGGGGGGGGAGAACCCCGGAGACCAGCGGAGCUCACGUGUGGGUAGUGGGCCCUUUCCCCCGAACAAAACUAUUUAAUCAGUCCACAGCCCACCUUCCUCUCCCGCCAACAACUUCGCUUCGUUCCUCCCGCUACCAACCCUUUUUUCGGUCCGUAUAAGCCUUGUCAGUAGGUUCGAUCACUUCUCCCCGAGACAGUGAUCACAUACAACCGUCAAAAUUUUCGCCACGCAGCUUAACUCGCGGCACCACCCGUUCAACGGCCGACGCACUUCCAACCGUGGAGGGGCAUCGGAUUACGCAUUAUACUUGCAGUAAAUCCAUCCUGAGCAUACUAUCAGUUCACUCUACUUAAUCUUCCUCCCCCACUAUCAACAACACCCUUGUGAACGCAAUGGCUCCCCACGCAAGCUCGGAUGUUGCCAAUGGCACCGUGAACGGGUCGGCUCGCCAAGAGGCUUCCCCUCUUUUCACUGUUCAGUCGCCCAACGUUGUCUACACCGACAACGAGAUCAAGUCUCAGUAUGCCUAUCAGACUACCGAGAUCACCCGCACUGCCGACAACAAGUUGGUGGCCACUCCCAAGGCCACCAACUACCACUUCAAGGUGGAGCGCAAGGUCGGCAAGGUCGGUAUGAUGCUGGUCGGCUGGGGUGGUAACAACGGUUCCACCGUCACCGCUGGUAUCAUUGCCAACCGUCGUGGUCUCUCCUGGGAGACCCGUGAGGGUCACCAGAAUGCCAACUACUACGGCUCGAUCGUCAUGAGCUCGACCGUCAAGCUCGGCACUGAUGCCAAGACUGGCGAGGAGAUCAACAUUCCCUUCCGUGACUUGCUCCCCAUGGUCCACCCCAACGACCUGGUCAUUGGCGGUUGGGAUAUCAGCAGCCUUGACCUCGCGGCCUCCAUGGACCGUGCCCAGGUGCUGGAGCCCAGCCUCAAGGCCAUGGUCCGCAAGGAGAUGGCCGAGAUGAAGCCCCUGCCUUCCAUCUACUACCCGGACUUCAUCGCCGCCAACCAGGAGGACCGUGCCGACAAUGUCCUUGAGGGCACCAAGGCCAGCUGGGCUCACGUUGAGCAGAUCCAGAAGGACAUUCGCGACUUCAAGGCCAACAACGACCUUGACAAGGUCAUUGUCAUGUGGACUGCCAACACUGAGCGUUACGCUGACAUCCUCCCCGGUGUCAACGACACUGCCGAGAACUUGAUCAACUCGAUCAAGAAUGGUCACGAGGAGGUUUCCCCCUCCACCGUGUUCGCCAUUGCUUCCAUUCUGGAGAACGCUCCUUUCAUCAACGGCUCCCCCCAGAACACCUUUGUUCCCGGUGCUCUCCAGUUCGCCGAGCAGCGUGGUGCCUUCAUCGGUGGUGACGACUUCAAGUCUGGCCAGACCAAGAUGAAGUCCGCCCUGGUCGACUUCCUGAUCAACGCCGGUAUCAAGCUCACCUCCAUUGCCAGCUACAACCACCUGGGUAACAACGAUGGCAAGAACCUGAGCUCGCAGAAGCAGUUCCGCUCCAAGGAGAUCUCCAAGUCCAACGUCGUGGAUGACAUGGUUGCUGCCAACCACAUUCUCUACGAGAAGGACGAGCACCCGGACCACACCGUCGUCAUCAAGUACAUGCCCGCCGUUGGUGACAACAAGCGUGCUCUGGAUGAGUACUACGCCGAGAUCUUCAUGGGUGGUCACCAGACCAUCAGCUUGUUCAACAUUUGCGAGGACUCUCUCCUUGCGUCCCCCCUGAUCAUCGAUCUGGUGGUGCUUGCUGAGAUGAUGACCCGUGUCAGCUGGAAGGCUGAUGGCGAGGGUGCCGAGUACAAGGGCUUCCACAGCGUGCUGAGCGUGCUCAGCUACAUGCUCAAGGCUCCUCUGACUCCUCCCGGUACCCCGGUCGUCAACGCUCUGGGCAAGCAGCGCUCUGCUCUGAUCAACAUCUUCCGUGCUUGCGUUGGUCUCCAGCCCGAGUCGGAGAUGACUCUGGAGCACAAGCUGCUGUAA